UGACGUGUGGCGGCUCGUGGCUCACGCAGGACUUACUGGGGAAACAGCGAUCUGGGAAGUGAGCCCCGUGUGCAGGUUUAGCCUUCUUUCUAUAUCCCUUUGAAUCUCCAAGAAUCUUACCCUGGAACUCAGACUGAAUUGAACCCUUGUCUUGUCAGCUGACUUUCUCAGCGGACCCUCAGGCAGCCAUGGACGUGGGUCUCUCAGGCCUCCCAGUUGUAUCUCAGGGUCGCAGUAAGACCCUGCAGGGCAGGGGCCCCGUUGUGCGGCGGCAGCGUGAGUUCAUGCCAGAAGAGAAGAAGGACACGGUUUACUGGGAGAAGCGGAGGAAGAACAACGAAGCAGCCAAGAGGUCCCGGGAGAAGAGGCGUCUCAAUGACGCCGCCCUCGAGAGCAGGCUGGCCGCGCUGUUGGAGGAGAAUGCUCUGCUCAGGGCUGAGCUGUGGGCACUUAGGCAUCGCUUUGGCCUUCUGCCCUCCAUUGCUGGCUCCCGGACCCUGCCCCUUCAGGCGCUGCUGUGGGAGCCCCCCUGGACUGGAGAUCUGGGCUCGAGGGCUGAGCCACUCCCCUCCCUCCCUGGCUCCCAUGGCUGCCUUCUGAGGCCAUGCGCUUUGGACACUGGAGUUCCAGGAUGCCGGGGCUGCCUGGUGGCUCACAAAUGUACUGGUCUGGCCUCUUCCCCCAGGUGCCCCCAGGACCCUGUUCCCCACACCCCCAAGAGAAUGGACAUGGCCUUGCAGGCUGCCCUCCCAGCUACCUUCUUCAGCUGUCGUCUCCUGGAUGAGCAUGGGGGGACCAGACCAGAGCUCAGGCCCUUCUGGGGGCUGUGGUCACCCAUGGCCUCUGGCUACCAGGCCUCUGGGCCCUCCGAUGUGUUGCUCACACCCACUGCUGGUCCGAUGCAGCUGCCCCCUGGGAUGGCCUAUCCUGUCCCAGGGAGCGAUCCUGAGGGCCUUCCUCAGCCCUCCCUGCCCCACAAACUGCGCAUCAAGUCCCAAGCCUUGGGCAGAGGACCUCCAGGGUGGGGGAGUGGCCGGGUCCCCCUCUGAGGGCUUCCCCUGGGCAGGGCCAGGCCUGCAAGGGGGUGUUGGGACCAACCGUGGGUGUGUCUGGGGAAGAUGGCUUGUCCCUGAAUCAGCUCCCAGGCUGGGCCAGGGCCUUGGAGGGGGUCCACUUCUCAGUGUCCCUCUGGGAGGAAGGGAUGGGCUUUCAUCUUGGAUCAUACCUUGGUUCCCAUCCUGCCUGAAAUAUGUGUUUUGGGUAGUCCCUUUUCCC